AGAAUUGUCUGAAAGAAAAGCACCAUUCUCACUUUAAAUCUCGAUGGGCGGGGCAUGGAUAUGCAGCGUUCCGAGGGACUGCUUUUUAUACAAGCUGAGAGUUGGGUUACUAUUAGACAACUGCUCUGCAGGAAAGGAACUGUCAGCAGGGACUGGCUCCUAAGCAAAGAAACUCAGUAUCGGGAUUAAAACAAAAGGACUUUAUUCACAGACAAGGAGCAAGGGGACACUAAACCGUCUGCGUGUGCACACAACUGUUUUGUAUUUUUUUUUUUUUUUUUUUUUUUGUUAAGGUUAAAUAGCCGAGACACAGAAAACAACAUCGGACUGGGAAUUGUACCUUCACAAAAUAAUAAAUAAAUAAAUAAAUAAAACAGAAAAGAAACAUCAUUGUACAGUCUUUUCCAGCUUGCAACAAGAAAUCAAACGGAAUUCUAAAGUGCAACAAAUGCUGGUAGGCUGGUUCUUUUUUGCCACAGCGUUCGGAUGAAUUGGAUUUUACAUCAUUGGAUUUGAAAUACGAUUGUUUGAGGAAUUGCUGCUUGCGCUCGUGUAGCAGUGGAAUUCAAAUUGAGAGGUGGGAUGUUAUUGGAUGUAUUUACUCACGAAGGAAUAGGACUACGUUGAUUUUGUUUAAAAACAAACCACGUUAGUGUGAGGUUGUUGGAUAUUUCAGUAAACACGCUGUAUUUUGACUUUUUACAGCUGUAUAUAUAGCUAAUUAAGAAUUACCUUUCAAACACAACUACUGCAUAAAAUGGAAAAUGAGUCUUCUUGAUUUUUUCCCUUAAGCUGUUUUGUGUUUUUUUUUCCUGCUUGGAUAUUGUUUGUAGCACUUAAAACACUAAAUAAUAAUAAUAUUAAUAAUAAAUAAAAAUGGGAAACAGUUUUUCCAACGUUUCCGCCUUCCAGUCGCUUCACAUCGUCAUGUUGGGCUUGGACUCCGCGGGCAAGACCACCGUAUUGUACCGGCUGAAAUUCAACGAGUUUGUCAACACUGUGCCCACCAUAGGGUUCAACACGGAGAAGAUCAAACUCAGCAACGGCACCGCCAAGGGCAUCAGCUGCCACUUUUGGGAUGUCGGGGGGCAGGAGAAACUGCGGCCGCUUUGGAAGUCCUACAGCCGGUGUACCGAUGGAAUUAUCUACGUAGUGGAUUCGGUCGAUGUAGACAGGCUGGAGGAGGCUAAAACGGAACUGCACAAAGUCACAAAGUUUCCAGAGAACCAGGGCACGCCGUUGUUGGUCAUAGCCAACAAGCAGGACUUGCCCAAGUCGCUCCCCGUGGCGGACAUUGAAAAGCAGUUGGCGCUUCACGAGCUCUGUCCUUCCACCGCGUACCACGUGCAGCCAGCCUGCGCCAUCAUUGGAGAGGGGCUCCCUGAAGGAAUGGACAAACUCUACGAAAUGAUCUUGAAACGCAGGAAAUCUCUGAAGCAGAAAAAGAAACGGUAAUUUUGGCGCCGACUGUUUGUCUCUCUAGCGCCUAUUGACUGUACGGCGGUGUUGACUUAAGGUAAACACCAGUCAUUUUGUCAAUAUUGACCCAAACCAAAAGGAAACGAGGAAACGUUUACUUGGCCAACCUCUUAUAUAAUAUAUGUGCGAUAUUGGCCACUUGUUUCAACUUGUGGAAAGAUUUGUGCACGUAUUUGAAUAUGCUGGAUUUUUUUUUUCCACCGGUCAACCAAAAACUGUGCAUUAUUUAUGACAUUUUGAAAUGGGCUGGCCCUUUCAGACGCUGCUAUAUGGGAAUGUAGCCUGUGACAGUUUGGGAUUUGGCGUAUUCGAUUACUUUAAUUGGGAACACAGACAACAACAAAAAACACUGUGACAAUAUCGGGGUAUUCCUGGUGUUUAUCGUUAUAAAACGUUUUCACCGAAGUUUCUCUAAUAUUGCUUAGUUUUUGCCAAAACAAUUAUCUACUUUUUGCACGUGAUGUGUACGUAGGCCUACUUCUUUCUCAAGUCAACCUAGUUCACUGCGCACUGCCGUGUCCAUAGCACACCAGUGUUUGUCUAAAGACAACCAAAAUGGAGUGUAAUUAACUAACUUACAGAAAACACAUCCAUGACUGCUACUCACAACUAAAUAUAUUAAUACCUGGGUGUUUUCUUGAACCGUAUACACUGUCACCAUAAAAGUGUUUCCUAUAGCAUUGAUUAGAAUUUAGACACUUUUUUGCACUUUUGUUUAAAAAAAAGAGUUUAGUACUACACUGUAAAAUGAGACUGUUUGUUUAUCCACAAAUAAGCCAAAAAAACCUGCAGUAUUUUUAAAUACAUUUCUUUAAGGUUAAGUGCUUGUAAAAGUUGCAUUCAUCGCUGAAAGAAAAUCCUAUUUCCAAGUCAGACUGUUUCAAAUGUAGAUGGAAGCUAAUAAAAGGAAAUGUGUUUGUUUUGAAAGAAAAUAUUCCCAAUAUUUACUUUAAAACACCUAAACCACCAGUACUUGUUCAAUUUUGUUAUGUUGCUCUACAUGGGUUAAGUAAGUUUGUGACAUUUCCAACCUAGGCUCAGAUUACUAGUUGAACCCACAGGCGAAGGAGGUUGCCAUUUGAGAGACAAAAACAAACAUUGGCUUGGAAAUGGUUAAUGUUUGAACAGAACGUCAACAUAGCCACCCCACCUGACUGAAUUCACCUUUACUAUGUAGUCAUGGGAGCCAAAGCCUUCAGUCAGCAUUUUGUUGUGUUGCAAACUGAGAUGGAGAGAUGUUGUAACCUGUUAAGAUGUGUUUUUUUUUUUUUGUUUUCACUAGGCACCAUCUAUAUUUUGUUGGAUACAAAUUCAAAAUGUUUAGAUUUCCCACUUACAGUUUUAGUGAGUAUGUUAAAACAUUGAUAAAGCCUUCUCCAAGCAUCUGUCUAAUUUAGUACAAGGUCACUUUUUAUUACCACUGGUUAAGCAUCAGUGGUUUACUGUUAAAUUGUAGGAAGUUAGGAGAAGAAACAUUGGCUGUGCUGCUUUACAGUAUGGCUCAGUUAUAGUACUGUAUUCCCAUGCAAAGACAUUCUGUAGUCUUAAGGAAGAAGCAAGCGCAGUUCAAAAUGCAGUAUAUUGAUACUGUGUUUUAAAAAUGCUACUAUGAAACUACUCCGUCAGUGUCAGCUUUUUAGUAAACUUAUUUAUUAUAUACUUUUUGUAUGGCUGUUCAAGAAUUCCCUGUUAACUAUAUGGCUGUUUUAGCCAAGAAGUUUAGACAUUAUAAUAGACUAAUAUUAGCACCCUCAAAUCCUAGCAACAGAAUGUGACAACACUUGAUAUUUUGACGCAAGCUCCCUACGUUUCUUUCAGUUAAUGGCCUGUGUGUUGAAACAUGAAACUUUUUUUUGUGGUUAGGCUGGCCUUUCCCAUCUGUAAAUGUUACAUUAAAAUUGUCAAAUUUAAAAUUGUACAUUGCAUAGUCUGUAUGUGAUUGUAAAUACAAGAUCAAUGUAUAGCGAUUGCCCUUAGGGGGGUCUAAUAAAAUCUUAUUUGAUAAUAAAAAAGCACUGUCAUGUUGCAGAUGCUGUUCAAUAAAGUUUACUUUAUUAUG